AUGGCCGAGUUGUUGCUGCAUUGCUCUAUUAUUAUUUUUAACUGCGAAGUAUUUUAGUGAAUUGUAAUUUCUUUCAAAUUCCUAUCGCGAUAAUAUUAUAGUGUCUAGUUGGAAAUUCUUAGACUAUGUUACAUUAUUAACGCUCUCCCACCAUGAUGUCUAACCGCGGAUGCGUUACGGGCCGCAGUUCAUUGCCUUAUGUAAAACUGGUAAUGGUGUUUCUUCCGUGAGUGACCGAAAUAUACAGUGACUUAUGUAUAUAGUUAGCCCCUUAUAGUGACUAGUGAAUAAAGUGUUAAAAUGUCAAAUUCAACGGCUCAAGUGUUAAUGAAGAAGGGGAAACGGGGUGCAGCUGCGUAUAUCCACGCGGAUUGCGCUAGUGGAUCACCGCAGCACCUCGGCCCACUUCUCGACGUCCUGCUGAACCCCAGCAAGGCCAUAGAUGAGUGGGAAACAAUCGACUGGUGUCGUUGGCUCCUUGCGGGCGGGAGGACACCUGACGAAUUCGCCGCAGUUGUUCGCAGUUACGACAAACACGACAAGUGCGGUCUGGUGUGGAUACCGCGUGUCGUUGCAUACCGCUGCCGGACGUGUGGCAUAUCGCCCUGUAUGUCGAUAUGUCGCGAUUGCUUUCACAGAGGGGACCACUCGACGCACGACUUCAACAUGUUCCUGUCCCAGGCGGGCGGUGCCUGCGACUGCGGGGACAACUCCGUCAUGAAGGAGGACGGAUUCUGCAGUAAUCACGGGAAUAAAUGUCCAAGACCGGGAACAGCACCGGCCGAACUAAUGUGCGUCGCAGAAGCCAUGAUGCCGCGCCUUAUAUUGAGGCUUCUGCAGCAUUUCAGAGAAAGCAGUACGGGAGCGGCGAACUCUGACAACUAUCGCGUGACAGUGCAGGAGUGUGAGGGCUACGUUCAGAUGCUGAUGGAGUUCAACAACAUGGGCGACCUCAUGCGGUCCGCCAUGACUAAGGCUCUCAUCAACCCACAGAUGUACAGAGACCUCGUGUCUCCACCUCACCCCGACACAGAGUAUGGAGCAUACAUGGCAGAAUCAAAUAAUAUGUAUGAAAAAGCUAUAGAUUCAUUUCCAGCACCGGAUCCUCCUGACGAAUAUAGACACCUGCCUGCACUAGCUCCGCGUUUACAACACAACACGUUGUUGGAUGAGUUCAUUUUCUGGACAUUCAAGUACGAGUUUCCACAGAAUGUUGUAUGCUUUCUACUGAACAUGUUGCCGGAUCAAGAUUAUAAGGAGCACUUAACGCGGACGUUUGUUAUGCACUACGCGCGCAUACCGCUAGUGCUCGAGAACUCGGCGGACCCGGAAACGCUCUCGAACCGCGUGGUCCACAUGUCCGUGCAGCUCUUCAGCAACGAGGCGCUGGCGCUGCGCUGCGUCCAGCAGCUGCACCUGCUGCACGUCAUGGUGCUGUCGCUGCGCCUCAUGAUGGGCAAGAUCCUCGUCCAGAACACGCUGCACGACCCGGCGCGGAACUUCCACUACGUCAUCGACUGCACGAAGCGAGUUAUGAAGGACCACUGCUACUGGCCGCUCGUGUCCGACUUCAACAACGUGCUGUCGCACCGCAGUGUCGCGCUGCUGUUCCUGCAGGACGACGCGCUCGUCGAUAUGUGGUUCGAGUUUCUGUCCAUGUUGCAAGGCAUGAACGUGAACGUGCGCGAGACGGGCGGGCACAUCGAGUUCGAGCCGUCCAGCUACUACUCGGCCUUCUCGUGCGAGCUGGAGGCGGCCGCCUACCCCAUGUGGAGCGUGCUGGCGCACCUCAGCGCGCCCGCGCACGCGCCGCACGCGCGCCGCCUCGUGGCCGCCGCGCUCGCCUUCCUGCGCGACUGGCUGGACGCCGUGGACUUCACGCCCGAGCGCCUGCGCCGCACGGAGAUGCUGCACGCGUCGUUCCACUUCCCGCUGCACCGCUACCUGUCGGCGUUCCUGUGCGCCGGCGUGCGCGCCAUGGGCCUGCGCGCCGCCGAGCUGCUGCCGCCGCCCGCGCUGCUGCGCCUGCUGGCCGCGCACCCGCUGCGCGUGCAGAGCUUAUUCUACGAGAUAUUAGCCGGCGUUUGGGUCCGCAACGGUCUUCAAAUCAAGGGUCAAGCGAUGACCUAUAUCCAGGCGAACUUCUGCAACUCCAUGGUCGACAUGGACAUAUACUGGCUACAGAUAUGCGCCGCCCACCUACCGGCUGACCAGUUCGUUGAUAUGUGCAUUGACGUGUUCGGCGUCCGCGAGUGGCUAAGCAUGACACCGAUGUCGGCGGCGCAAGCGGCGGAACAGGACGCUAUGGUUGAGGGUCUGCUGACCUUCCUUGCGAUCCUCGUUUCCUCCAGGACAAAUCUCGGUAACGACGAGCUGACCCAGUCCCGCCUGGAGGUGGCCACGCUGCUGGCGGCCGGCGACAAGACGCACUCGCAGCUGCUGGAGCUCAUGCCGGAGCGCUCGGGCAACGCCCACACCAGGAACUUCGAGACCGUGCUCAAAGAGCUGUCCGUGUACCGCGCGCCGCCCAAGGGCUCGGAGAGCCUGGAGCAGGGCCUGUUCGUGCCCACGCGCGCCGUGUGGGAGCGCUACUACGACCCGCUGCACGUGCUGUGCCGCGCCGUGCACCGCCGCGACUUCCACGCCUCCAUGGACCGCUUCGCCGCCUACGUACGGGAGAAGCGGAAGGCGGAGGGCAGCACCGCGCCGGUGGGCCCGCUGUGGCCGCCGUUACGACCCGCGCUCGCGCCUCCCGAGGCCGCCGGAGACCCUCGGCAGUUAUGCGCUUCUGGCGUGCUGCACGGCGCGCUGCUGGCCGUACUGCACCGCGGCGUGCGGCGGCGCUACGCGGAGGGCGAGGGCGAGGCGGAGGCGGAGCCCGCGCCGCCCGACCACGUGCUGGCGCUGGCCGUGUACCUGCUGGCCGUGGCCGCCGACCUGGCCGCCGAGCGCGCGCGCACGCACCUGCGCGACGUGUGCGUGGCGGAGGGCUUCAGUGGCUCGGGAGGCGCGCGCGUGUCGGGCGUGCCAUUACUGCGCGCCUUCGCGGGUGGGUCCGUGUGCGACAACGCGCGCACCGUCCUGCUGUCCGUGCCGCCGCCGCCGCGCGCCGCCGACACGCGCCUGCACCCCAGCGAGCCGCGCGCGCCUGCGCACACACACACACACGUGUGCGACAACGCGCGCACCGUCCUGCUGUCCGUGCCGCCGCCGCCGCGCGCCGCCGACACGCGCCUGCACCCCAGCGAGCCGCGCGCGCCGCACUCCGACAGUGAGUACACACGUGCACAGUGCACACACACACACGUGUGCGACAACGCGCGCACCGUCCUGCUGUCCGUGCCGCCGCCGCCGCGCGCCGCCGACACGCGCCUGCACCCCAGCGAGCCGCGCGCGCCGCACUCCGACAAUGAAUGUUCCGCAGGCGAGCCCGAGUGGGAGGCUGGUGAGGAGGCGGGCGCUAGCAAGGCUUCACUGCCCGCAUCCAGCACCGCUCUGGCCGUGCCGACCGAACGACAGAUGGUUCGUGGUAGUUCAGUAUCGGACGACCAGUCCGACACGGGAGGAGAAACACCUGACAUUCGAGCUUUAGAGAGUGGCAGCAGCGACAGCCAGGCCCUGGUGGCGCGGGGCGACGAAGAAGUGGACGUGGACAUGGCGCUGGCGCUGCCCACGCGCGCGCCGCCCGCCCACUCGCCCGUCGAGCUGCCCUACGAUAUCCGAGAUAUGGAGGUACCGGAGUGGGGGUUCGAGGGCAACCUGUUCGAAGAGACGGCGCCCGCGCUGCCCGCGCCGCCAGACCCGCAGUCCUCGCACACACAGAUGCAAUUACACACACAGAAGAACGAUGAGAUAAUAGUCAACGAAUCGAUAAUCUCUCUAUUGUUGAAGCUACACUCACAACUGUCCGGCCGCCUGGACUCCUUCUCGCUGGAGGAGCCGGCGCCCGCGUCGCAGGAACCUAUCGGCGACGGGCCGCACUUCAUCGGCGCGCUGCUGCGCAAGCUGGCGGCGCUGGACGCGCGCUGCGCCGGCGCCGUGGCGGCGCUGCGGCGCGCGCUGUGGCCGCACCAGCGCGAGCGCCAGGCCGAGCAGCGCGCGCGCGAGCGCCGCGAGAAGGAGGAGCGCGCCCGCCGCGCGCGCGAGCGCCAGCAGCAGCUCAUGCGCGAGUUCGCGCGCCGCCAGCAGCAGUUCCUGGCCGCCGCGGGCGCCGCCGCCGCCGACGUCAUGGACUGGGAGGACGAGCCGCAGCGCGACUACGACUGCGUCAUCUGCAACACCACGGCGCCCUCCACGCCGCAGGACCCCGUGGGGCUGGUGGUGCUGCUGCAGUCCACGUCGGUGCUCGGCCACCGGCGCCGCCGCGGCUCGGGCCCGGCGCGCCUGCCGCUGUCGGAGGCGGAGCGCGAGCGCCUCGCGCGCCAGCGCCGCGCCACGGCGGCGGCGCACCUGCAGCGGCUGCACGACGACCUCGGGCCGUACUUCGACCGCGAGUCGUGGGUGCUGUCGCUGUCGGUGGGCUGGGAGGGCGGCGUGGCGGCGCAGUCGUGCGGCCACCACCUGCACCUGCGCUGCCUGCGCGCCUACAUGCGCUCGCUGGCCGCGUCGCAGCGGCCGCACAACCUGCACGUGGAGCGCGGCGAGUUCCUGUGCCCGCUGUGCCGCCAGCUGGCCAACAGCGUGCUGCCGCUGGCGCCGCCGCCGCCGCGCGCCGAGCCGCCGCCCGCCGACGCCGACCACCGCACGCUGGCCGCGCACGUGCGCGACAUGCUCGAGCAGGAGAGGCCCGUGCCGACGCCGAGCUGCCUGUCGGAGGCGAUGGGCAAGGCCAUGGAGGAGAUGACGGCGACGGCCAGCAACAAACUAAAGAUGCGCUACGGCUCGUCGCCGGCCGCCAUCUUCACGUUCGUGGCGUCGCUGGUGCGCACCAACCUGGAGUGCGAGCUGGUGCAGCGCGGCGGCGACCUGGUGCAGCGGCCCGCGCCGCGCUACAAGCCGCGCGGGGACUGCAUCGUGCCGCUGCUGGCCGUGGCGGGCGCGCACGCGCAGGCGCUGGCGGCGGCGGCGGGGCGGCUGGGCGUGGGCGACACGUGGCGCGCGCUGGUGCCCGACGCGCCCGACGCGCCGCGCGGCCCGCCCGCGCCGCCCGCCUGCUCGGCCGCGCCGCGCGCGCGCCCCGUGCCGCUGCUGCUGCGCGACCCCGCCGCGCUGCUCAUGCACUUCCUGCUGCUGGCGCCCGCCGCGCCGCCGCACCUCGACAUCCAGUACUUCACGUGCAUCGUGCGCGCGCUGUACGCGCUGCAGUACUACCAGGCCGUGAACCAGCUGUGCGCGACGGGCGCGCUGCCGGCGGCCCUGCGCGCCGCGCCGCCGCCCGAGCUGGCGCCGCUGGCGGCCGCCGCGCGCCUGCUGCUGGCCGCGCUGCCCGGCGCCGAGCUGCUGGACGACGACGGCGACGGCGACGGCGCCGGGCCCGCCGCCCCGCCCGACCUGCGCGCCGUCGACCUCGAGGUGCCUAUCCUUCUCUCCCCGUAUGCUCGAAUAUCUGUUACUCUGAAUGACGAUCGCUGUCAGCCCAAGUCAGCCGUCGCUCACGCCGCCGUCCCGCGACAGGUGCAGGAGCUGUGCCUGCCGUUCCUGCGGCUGGCGGCGCUGCUGCGCAAGCACGUGUACGGCGGCGAGCUGCCGCGCGUGGCGUGCGAGGCGGAGGAGAGCGGCGCGCUGCUGCGCUACCUGGAGCUGGGCGCGCCGGCGGCGGCGGCGGCGGCGGCGGCGGGCUGGGCGCGCCAGCUGGCGGCGGCGGCGGCGGGCGCGCGCCUGCAGGUGGCGCGCGCCGUGCGCUCGCUGCACGCCGCCUGGGCGCCGCCCGCGCUGCUGGCGCUGCCGCGCGACUACGACCGCCUGUUCUCCUACUACCACGGCCGCGCCUGCCCGCAGUGCGGCGCCGUGCCCAAGGAGGCGUCCGUGUGCCUGCUGUGCGGCACGCUGGUGUGCCUGAAGCAGGCGUGCUGCCGGCGCCAGCAGCGCGCCGAGGCCGUGGCGCACGCGGCCGACUGCGGCGGCGGCACGGGCGUGUUCCUCGUCGUCACGUCCACGUACAUCAUCGUGAUCCGCGGCCGGCGCGCCUGCCUGUGGGGCAGCCUGUACCUGGACGACUACGACGAGGAGGACCGCGACCUCAAGCGCGGCAAGCCGCUGUACCUGAGCCGCGACCGCCUGGAGCUGCUGCAGGCGCAGUGGCUGGCGCACCGCUUCGACCACACCAAGCGCACCUGGGUGUGGCACCGCGACUCGCUCUGA